AUGGAUUUAUCAGAAGGAAUCACACUUUUUUUCGAACAAACUCCAUUUAAAAACUGGCUUCCCACCAGAUGCCUAGAAUAUUUGGAAAAUAAAUCCGUUGAUCUUAGAACGUCAGACAAAGAAUUAGUCCAAACCGAAUUCAAGAGUCAUGUCCAUUCAUUAAUGAAUCAUCAAGCAGUAACGAAAUCCGCACAAAAAAAAGCUAAAAGACUUUUGGAUGAAGCAGAUCGGAUGUUUGAAUCCGAAGAAGUUAUAGCGAUUUUUAAAAGAAUGGACACGAAGGCGAUUGAAAAAAGCAAAAGGCAGUUAUUACUUGUAAAAAAAUCACUUUUCGAUACGGAAGUUCAGCUUACUGUUGAAGAUCACAAAAUACAUACCGCAUCAUCUUCGAAAUUACAUACUUUAGGAACAGAAACCCCAAUUAAAGCUUCCAAACGGAAACGUGAAAUAGAAGACGAUCAAAUUGUAGUGGAUGGUGAUGAAAAUCGGAUCAAGAAAACCGGACAUGGAAGGGAUAUUCUAAGAUAUAGUGAUUUUUUGGGCAAAACAUUAGUUUCGGAUAUCAUAGUCAAAGGGAAUGAGAAAGAAAAUGUUAUUCAAUACAAUGAGCAACAGCUUGAAAAUGUGUACGAUAUAGAAUCGAAAUGCAGAAACCCAACUUCACAGUCAGAUAAUGAUUCCGGCGAUCAUGAAGAGUAUCAAGAUUAUUAUGAAGAAUGCUUCGAAGAAGAAAUUUCAUCGGACAUGCCUUCGGCUGAUACUAUUGGAAGUUGGAUUUUGUCAAGUGGUAAGGAUGUUGGUGAAGAAUUAUCCAAAUACCGUGAAAAUAUUCCUCGCACAAAGGCAUAUCUUUAUCCGGCUUAUUUCGGAAUAUUGGAUCUUUCCGGUGAGGAUACAGAAGUAAAGAAUUUGUUUACAAAUGACGAAUGGAAUGAGAUGAUCAAGGAUUUUAAUGAUAAUGUAAAAUUAAGUGAUAUGGAAGACGAACAAGAGAGGCCCUUUUAUGAGCUGAUGGACAAAAUUUCCGAGGUAUUGAGGAAGAAACCUUCUGAUCUAAUUACUGGCAUUGAAAGCUGUGUGAUUGAA